AUGCCUUUAGCCGUACUUCCUGCACAGCUGGCUGAUGUUGAGCCGGUGUACGACGUUUAUUUUAAGGCAUUCGAAAACGAACCCAUACUCCAAUUCCUCUACCCCGGAGGCGUCGACAGGCCGGCACACACAGAAGGGACUAAACAAUGGUGGGCUCACGACAAGAUAGGCUACACGAUCAAGUGUAUCGAUUCUAGUACGGGAAAAAUCGUCGGGAUGGCUAGUUGGGAUGUCUUCUGGCAACCGGGCAAAGAAAAUGGAUGGGAGCGGCCCGAGGGUAUACCAUGGUUGGAAGGAGAUGAAAAGGCGAGGUGCGAGGGCGUUCUGGGUCCUAUGUGGGAUAUGAGAGAGAAGCUAUUUGGCAAAACCCACCGAUAUAUAUACCUGAGUGUCAUGGCUGUUGACCCAGAACAGCAACGCCGUGGGAUUGGGCGCUUACUCAUGCAAUGGGGUAUCAAUGUCGCAGAACAACUUAAUCUCCCUAUAUAUCUGGAGUCGUCGAAGCCAGGCCUAGGUCUUUACAAGGCUAUGGGAUUCGAAAGGCUGACACAUGUGAGCCUGAUUCAUAGACAAGAAGUCACCGGGCUGCCGGACGAAGAAAUACCUCUAAUGGUAAAGAUGCCCAGCGCAGCAAAGGGGUUGAACUUCAAGGAGUGGGCCGAUAAAGGGUAUCCUUCCGGAUACCAGACUUAA